AUGAAGAAGGAAUUUAGGAUGGAAGCUUUGGAGAAGCACCGCCAUAUGUCAUUUGCUUGUGAGGAUUACAUGGUUUACAAAAGGUUCAAGCCACUCAAAGGAGCUAAAAAUUUGAGAACGUUUUUAGCAUUGUCCGUUGGGGUAGUAGAAACUUGGGCUAUAUUUUACUUAUCAAAUAAGGUCCUGAGUGACUUACUUCAGGAGUUACCAUUGUUAAGCGUCCUCAGUUUGAGUGAUCUUAGCAUAAGUGAGGUACCAGAAGUCGUUGGUAGUAUGAAGCACUUGCGGUAUCUUAAUCUAUCUCGAACUAAAAUUAUCCAUUUACCGGAAAAUGUCUGCAAUCUUUAUAAUCUACAGACACUGAUCGUUUCUGGCUGUCAUGAAUUGAUUAAGUUGCCCGAAAGCUUCUCCAAGCUUAAAAAUUUGCAGCAUUUUGACAUGAUGGGUAGUUGGAGGUUGAAGAAGACGCCCUUAGGGAUUGGUGAGUUGAAAAGUCUUCAAACUCUCUUCAGUGACAUUGGCUUAGCAAUAACUGAGCUUACGAAAUUGCAAAGUCUCCAUGGAAAAGUUUGUAUUGUGGGGCUCGACAAUGUGCAUAAUGCAAUAGAUGCACGUGCGGCAAACUUAUCGCGUAUGAGGUUUAGUGAGUUAGAGUUGAAUUGGGGUUCUGAGUUUAAUUCUCUUCGAACGGAAACACACGAAAAAAAGAGAGGUAUAGAGUUUCCAAAUUGGGUUGGGGAUCCCUCGUUUAUUCGGUUGACUAAAGUGUGGAUAAGUGACUGUGAAGAAUGUACAUCUUUACCACGACUUGGGCAACUACCAUCACUGAGGAAGCUGAUUAUUGGUUGGAUGAGUAAGGUGAAGGUUGUAGGUUUGGAGUUACUUGGGGCCGACCUUGCAUUUCCUUCACUUAAAAUCCUACGGUUUGAUAAUAUGUCAGGGUGGGAGGAAUGGUCAACAAAUAGUGGGGCGUUUCCUUGCCUUCAAGAGCUUCGUAUUGAAGAUUGUCCUAAUCUGGUUCGGGUCUCCCAUGAAGCACUACCUUCACUAAGGGUUUUGAAACUAAUAAAAUGUGAUCAUGGUUUAUUGAAAAGCCUGGUUGAUGUAGCUUCAUCAAUCACCAAGUUGAAAAUAGAUGAUAUUUCAGGACUUACCGAUGAACUGUGGAGAGGUGUGACAGGGUAUCUUGGUGCAGUUGGAUACGUAAGCAUCAAACGGUGUAACCACAUAAGAUACUUGUGGGAAUCAGAAGCAGAUGCAAGAGGUUGGAAGUAUCGGAUUGUAACAUGCAGCUUGGAGCACUGCAGUUGUCCAGAUAGCAUGGAGGCUUUGGAUAUUAGGAAUUGUGAUUCAAUUACAUCGGUCUCCUUCCCAACAGGAGGAGUGCAAAAGCUCAGGUCACUUGUCAUCACCAAUUGCAAGAAACUUUUGGAAAAGGAGUUGCUUGAAUCUGAGAUCAAUAUACAUAAUUGGUCAAAUCUGAAAUCGAUCACUGCUUUGGGUUACUUCAUUAACCUCGUCCGUUUGACAAUAAGAGAGUGUCCAAGUAUUGAGUCAUUUCCUGACCAUGAGUUGCUCAAUCUCACCUCGUUAAGACAGCUGGAAAUAGAAAAUUGUACAACUACGGAUGCAUCCUUUCCUCGUAGGCUUUGGCCUCCAAAAUUGAGUUAUCUUGGUAUAGGAGGGUUGAAGAAGCCCAUCUCCGAGUGGGGCCCACAGAAUUUUCCAACCUCACUUGUUGACCUAAGAUUAUAUGCCGGACCAUGCAUAUGA